GCAGUAAUUCGUUCAUUUAAAAAAGAAAAGAAAAGAAAAAGGCUAAAACAAGUAACGUUGCAGAAGCAAGACUGCCAAGAGAUGGAGGUAUGUCAACUGUCGGGACGAUUUUUCUCGGCCAGUCCCCUUCAAUUUAACCAUCGUUUUAGAAAAGUAGCUACAACCCCGAAGUUUUUAAUCUAUGCAAAUGGGUCUAGCUGUUCCCAAACGGAUGAACCAGACCGAGAAUCUCGUAAUCGGAUGUUCAUUCUAGGCAUGGGUUUUGUCGGACAGUUCUUUGCUCAGGAGCUCCUGAAUGAAGGCUGGAUUGUCUCUGGGACUUGCACAAGCAUCAAGAAGAGAACGGAACUUGAGAAAAAAGGACUUGAUGUCCACCUUUUUGACGCAAAUCAGCCACAGAUGAGCACCAUGAACACAUUGAAAUGCUACACCCAUCUCCUUGUCUCAAUUCCUCCUGUUGUGGGGAUUGGUGAUCCGAUGCUUCAACAUGGAGAAAUUCUAAGAAGUGUGCUGAUGGAGGGCAAUCUUCAGCGGCUCUGUUAUUUGUCCUCAACUAGUGUAUAUGGAGAUUGUGGUGGUGCUUGUGUGGAUGAGGAUUACCCCACAAACCCUGUAAAUGAGUUGGCAAAGUUGAGGUUAGCUGCUGAACAAGGAUGGUUGAAUCUAGCCCACGAUAUUGGGAUCGCAGCACACAUAUUUCGACUUGGAGGUAUCUAUGGCCCUGGUAGAAGUGCUGUUGACACAAUAAUUAAGCAGGAACCGUUAUCAGAAUCUCAGAAACUGAGAGUGACCAAACAAUUCACAUCCAGGGUUCAUGUCGCAGACAUUUAUCAAGCACUUAAGGCCAGUAUUCAUAUGCCAUCCUCGAGGAGAAUUUACAAUGUUGUAGAUGAUGACCCAGCACCCCGUAAAGAGGUGUUUGCGUAUGCAUUGGAUUUGGUUGAGAAAAAGUGGCCUGCCCUGAUCAAGGAUAUUGCGUCUCCUCCUUGGGGAGCCGACCCAUUCAUUCAUAAGGCAACUUCGAGAGGUGAGAAACGAGUUUCGAAUGCACGUAUGAAGAAGGAACUAGCAAUCAAGCUUCUUCAUCCGAGUUAUGAAUCUGGAUUGCAGAGCAUAAUUGACCAAAUGUAGAAACCAUUUCAGCAAACCCAUUUUGGCAAAGCAAACCAUUCGGUUCUGAGGAACUUCAUCCAUAGAUGGCAGAUUUCACACAAAUACCUAUCCUCCAAAAACUGUUUCUGCUUUUUUGUUGCGGGAAUGGCUUUAGGUUCUUACUAACGAUCGAACAACAUUUAGGCACCUAUCCCCAAAUUAAUGGCAUUUCAUGAAAAUGCAGCUUUCUUUUACGCUUUCAACAAAACCAAAAGUUUGCAUAUAUGCAAAGUAUAAAGCUGUAUUGAUAUUGUUGUUUUAAUGUAAGGUUUCAAACCUUAUUGGACGUA